AUGUAUGAUAGUGAUUUUGCUGCUGAAUGGUAUUAUCCGGAUGAAUGUGGUAUCAUUACUAACACGACAGGAAAAACUCAAUUUAAAAUAAUGGGUGGAGAAGAUGCCUCACCAGGAGAAAUGCCAUGGGCUGUGGCAUUAUUUCAUCGUCGAGCAUACUUGUGUACGGGAACAUUGAUAUCACGAAAGCACGUUAUCACAGCUGCGCAUUGCUUUAAAAAGUUUUUCAUCAUGAAACCAUGCAACGCAUCUUUUGGUUAUUAUGAAGAAGAAGCUCUUAAAAUGUAUAAUAUUUUAUACGGUAGUAACUGUAUACAACAACGAAAUGAAAAUUUAUGUAACAAUGCGCCAGAAAUGAAAAUCAGCAGAAUCAUUAGAGCACAAUAUGGACGAUUUUUUAAUGAGAAAUGUCGAAUGGCAGAUUUUGCAUUGCUAGAAUUGAAUGAAAUAAUUAACGAACCAUUAACCAAUUAUAUUUGCUUGGGACAUCGAAAUAUUGUCAGAAAAGAAGAUCAAAUACGUUUAGCGGGUUAUGGUUGGGGUUCGAUUUUAACUUUUGAUGACGAAAAAUCGGCGAACAAUUUACAAUUAGUCAACUUUCCAAAGAUAAUGAAUAGACUGGAAUGUUUGCAAGUAUCGAAAACAAAAGAUGCAAUGUGUGCAGUGGAAAGCAGAGAAGCAAGUACAUGUCGGGGUGAUAGUGGAGGAGGUUUAGCUGUACUCGGACCAACCGGUCAGUGGUCAUUACUUGGCGUGCUAUCAUAUGGGACAGAAUGCAAGCAACUACGAAGGGGUGAACCACCACAAGCUCUAGUAUAUACCGAUAUUUCUCUCUAUUCUAUGGAUAUUGAUGUAUUUACCGGUUAUGACAGCAUCCUUCGACAAUUAUAUCUGAAACAUUUAUCAUCAGAAUAA